AUGGAUCCAGUAAAGGGAAAAAGUCACAAGAAGGGCCCUGCAACCAGCCAGACUGACAGUGGUCAUUCCAAAAAGUCACGGUCAAGUGGGUUUGAUGAUGUGUGCGCAGCUUUCACAUCCUAUGUACAAGCCAAAACAGGACAUUCACGUGCACGGGAAAAUGAGACUGAGGCUGUAAGUGCAGGUGGUAAUGAUUAUUCCCUUGAUGCAUGUCAAGAUGCAUUGCUUGAGCUUGGGGACAUACCACCGUUGCAGUACGUUAGGGCACUGACACUGUUCAAGGAUAAGGAAUGGCGAAGACAAAGGCAUAUGUCAUCCGACAGAGAAAACAAUACGAUGGAGCUCUCAUCAAAGGAGGAUGAGGUUGUUGAUGAUUUUAUGGAUUUUUUGAUGAUUGCUUUAAUGCAUAACCAUACCAACGCGUCAAGAGGUUUUUUCCCUGGUUCAAGGUACGAACAGUAUGACUGUCCUGAUUGUGUCGGUGCUAUCGAUGGCACAUUGGUGGAUGCAUGGGUCUCUGCUUCAAGACAAAAUACAUUCCGUGGUCGGAAAGCAACGGUAUUGCAAAAUGUACUCGCAGCUUGCGACUUCGAUAUGUUGUUCACAUUUAUUAAUUCUGGAUGGAAAGGUAGCGCUCACGACAACGCUAUUCUAGUUGACUCUAUUACACGAGCUGAUCUACAGUUCCCACACCCACCCAAUGGCAAAUACUAUUUAGUUGAUGCUGGUUUCACGAACAUGCCUGGAUUUCUUGCCCCAUUUCGGUCUCAACGGUAUCACUUGCAAGAGUUUCGUGGUCAUCGUUAUGCAGGACCUAAGGAAUUGUUUAACCAUCGGCAUUCGUCAUUACGCAGUGUCAUAGAAAGAACAUUUGGUGUUUUAAAGAAGCGCUUUCCAAUAUUGCGGUCCAUGCCAAAUUACAAGUCUACACGACAAGGGCCUCUCGUGAUUGCAUGUUGUGUAGUGCACAAUUGGAUCCGUUUGCAUGCAGCUAUGGAUCCAUUUUUUAUGGAAGCUGAUAAUGAAAUGGCCGCAGAAGCAGAAGCAGACGGGCUUGUUGGAGACCAAGCUGACUACGUUGACAUGUCACAACAUGGGUUAACGUCCCAAUCGAACGUUGGGGAUGCAAUUGCUAUUGCUAUGUGGCAAAAUCAUGUUCACCAUGCAUAG